AAGGGAGCUAUUUUCUCUGUCUCUUACAAGAUUGCCCUUUUCAUUCAAAUCAGGCCGCCCUUUUAUUUAAAAAAAAAAAAAAAAGGAAAAAGUUUUCAGGCCCCUCUCUCUUGCAAAUGGAGCGCGAAACUGAGCAAUCUCCAAAGACGAAAAUGGAGUCUCUGAGAACGAUCUGUGACAGAGAGUUUUCGAUCCAACAGCAGAAGAUAGAUUCUUUUACGGCAUCGUUUCCUUCUUCUCUUAAUUCCAUCAAGUCCCUAGCGCUUGAUACUGCUCAAAAUCAUGCCAAACUUGCAAAAAUGAAAGCCAAUUUAAGAGAAGCCGAAGAUGAGCUUGUCAAGGUUUUAGCUGCGAAGACCCGUAAAGAGGCGAAGCAGAUGGCAACGAGGGAUUCAAUCUCUGCUGUAAAAGCUAGAGUAGAAGAACUUAAAAGAACUGUUCAAGUUCAAAGGAGUAGGAGGGAAGAGUAUGGAGCAAUUAUAUCUCGGCAAUCUCUAGCUUUGUCAAAAACUGAAGAGGAUGCAGAACAUGAAAUAGAGGAAAAUGGAGGAAUUCAAGAAGCUAUUUCAUGGUAUAAUCGGGUUCUUGGUUUUCAGAUUGAAGGUGGUCAUGGGGUGAAGUUUACAUUCAAUGAUAUUAACAUAAAAAAUCCAAAGGAAGAAUAUUCUUUUACCAUUCGUCAUGCAAAUGAUGCCUACUCCUUAUUGGAUUGCAACCCAAACUUGAAUGGCAUUAAAGACUUGAUUAAUGAGUUGAACAGAACAAAUGACUUAUUUGGCUUUGUUAGAACCAUCAGAGAAAAGUUUCAAGAAGCAGCAGCACUUGGAUUGCAGCCCCAGUCCACAACUUUUCAUCAGGACUGUUCCACAAUCUCUUUGUCGGGUCCAGCUUUAUCUGUUUCGAGUAAUAGAAGUGAAUCUUCUGCCAAGAAAAAUGAGCAUCACAUUCCACUUCAAGAUGCAAAUAGGCAAUUUAAGAAAUUCAGCCAUGGAAGUAAAUCUCCAGCCAAGGUAAAUGAAAAUCAACAUAUUGAUGGAGAACUCAAUAGAAAUCCCAAGGAAGUAGUCAAAUCAGAUAUUCUAUCACCAGGUCGUUGGUCCACUCGGCUUAAAGAAGUAGCCAAAUCAGACAUCUUAUCACCAGUUGUUCAUCGGUCCCCUCGGCUUAAGAAAGUAGCAAAGCCAGAUCUUUUAUCACCAGUUGUUCGUCAGUCCCCUCGGCUUAAGGCUAAGAAAUGAAGUUAGACUGGAGGCUGCUUGGUUGUAUCGAAUUUCCGAUUUCAUGUUGAUUUUAGGGUAUGGGCUGAUGUUGUACUUUCUGACUAGCCCGUGAUGCAGUUAACAUGCAGGAUGUGGAAACUAAUCUACAUAUAGAUAUCCUUUAACUUAGUUGGAACCGAUUGUUCUUUGAAACCCAAGUUGUGCCACUAACCCGGUAUGACCUUCCUAUGUUUGUAUCAUACUUCAUUUUUGGAAUGAAGUUAUCGAAGAUGAUUAGUUGAGCUGAAUGUUUAAAUGCUUUAGCGUUGUUAGGUUUUGGUACUUUGUAUCUUUCGGAUGAAUGUAUUACCAUUUUAUCAUUUAUAAUAAUCUGCAUCGCUUGCAA